GCCCCGCGCGCGCGCUCCGGGUCGCGGCCGCUGCCGGAAGUGCCGGGGCUCCGGGACCCCCCCCCCGCCAUGGGAGCCGGCGGGGGGAGCCUGUCCCAGGCGCUGCUCUGCGCCACCAGCCUGGGCUGCGCCCUCCGCGCCAGACAGGUGACCGCUGGCCCAGCCGCCGGCUUCCUCCUGCAGGCCCUGGCGGCCGCCAGCGACGCUCUGGCCCCUCUGUGGCCACUCUGCGGCCCCGGUGGCCCGGCCGGGCCUGACCCCCUGCCGGGCUCCUGGGUCUCCUCCGUGCUGGCCCAACCUUUGGUGGCCUUCGGCUUCCACCGGCUCAGCGGCGACCGGGCCACGGCCAACCUGCUGCUGGCCACCGGCACCCUGGUGGCCCCGGUGGCCGCGGGGGCUGCCGGCGACGGCCGGAGCCUGGCCGGUCACUCGGUCACGGCGCUGGUGGCCGGCUCGGUGCUGGCGCUGGCCGCGCUGACCGGCAACGCCGCCGGCGUGGUGGCCGCGGUGCUGGUGGCCGCCGGCGACGUGGUGGCACCUUGGGGUGUCCCCCUGGGUGAGGGCGGCGGCCAGCGUGGCACUGCUGAGGGCACUGCGCCAGCAGAGCCGCGGCUGCACUGACCAGUAAAGGCGGGCACUGGGGG